AUGUAUGUCUUUCUUUCCUUUCUUUCUUUCUUUCUUUUCUUAAAAUCCUUCUUUUUUUUCUUUCUCUCUUCUACCGUACACAAUUCAUCCUUUCUUUCUAUUAAGAAUUUGCCCGUUUAUUACUUAAUUUGCCCGUUUAUUACUUGUUUUCUUUCUUUCUUUCUUUCUCCAAUUCCCACUUCCCAUGCUAAAUCUUCUUUCUUUCUUUUUUCUUUCUUUCUUUCUUUUUUCUCACUUUCUUUCUCUUUCCAAUGCUCACUUUACUAUAUCUUUCUUUCUAACUUUCCUUUUUUCCUUCUUUCUUUCCGCUCCGUGUCUCACUUUGUUAUAUUUUUCGAUCCCUUUUUCUUUCUUUCUUUCUUUCUUUCUUUCUUUCUUUCUUUCUUUCUUUCUUCAAUUCUCACUUUGUUAUAUCUUUCUUUAUUUUUCUUUCUUUCUUCUUUCUUUUUUCUUCCCAAUUCUCACUUUGCUAUUUCUUUCUUUCUUUUUUCUUUCUUUCUUCUUUUUUCUUUCCUUCUUUCUUCCCAAUUCUCACUUUGCUAUUUAUUUAUUUAUUUCUUCAAUUCUCACUUUGUUACAUCUUUCUUUCUUUCUUUUACUUUCUUUCUUCUUUCUUCUUUCUUUCUUUCUUUCUUUCUUUCUUUCUUUCUUUCCAAUUCUCACUUUGCUAUUUCUUUCUUUCUUUCUUUUUUCCUAUCUGUCACUGUCGGCUUCUUUCUUUCCUUCUUUCUUUCUUUCCUUCUUUCUUUCUUUCCUUCUUUCUUUCUUUCUUUCUUUCAGUAUUUCUUUCUUUCUAUUCUCAAUCCACAUUUAUUAAUAUCUGUCUGUAUGUCUGUCUGCUCAUCUGUCCAUCUAUCUAACUGUUCAUCUCUGUGGCUCUCUCCCUUUCACUAUCUAUCUAUCUAUCUAUCUAUCUAUCUAUCUAUCUAA